AUGUCGGCAGGUGGUUCAAGGCUUUUCGCCAAGAGACUUGCUGCUAACCGCGUGAGUUUUUUUUUAAUUUAUUAAAAAUUCGAAGUUGAAGAUUUUCAAAUGGUAUUUAUUAGAUUCUAGGUGCCUGAAGUAGCUACCGACGAUGUUCAAGAUUGGGAAAACCAUCUGAUUCUUCGCGUUCCGACAGAUUGUGUCGAUAGAGUAAGUUUAAAGGUACAUUUAAAAUAAAAUUUCUCAUAAAUUAAGGUAAAUCGGCUGAUCAAGGAUGGUUAUCCAAAAGAAGAGUUUGGGAUUCAAUUCGCCAACGGCGACAUGCGAAAUGCACAAAUUCGGCUGGGAAAUCUAAUCUUAAGCGCAAAGAUUUACGAUUUGCCUUGUACCACUGAAGUUUGAAAUUCAAAAAAUAUGAAAGAAAAGAGAAAAUUUAAGGUGUUCAAAACGUUGGACCACAAGAAUAUUUACAAAGUCGCGGAUUUAUCCCAAAUCGUGAUUUGUUCCCACGACGUUCAAAGACCGCAGGAUCAGGACCAGAAGCAGAAAAAAAGUGGGGAUUAUUGAUAAGGUGAAAUUAAUUAUUUUUUUAAUUCAGGAACAAAAAAACAGUGGCAAUAUCCCCACGGGCUUACGCCGCCGAUGAAAAGCGCCCGUCGGAGGAGAUUCCGAAAGACGAAAAAGAAGAAGUAUAUGGAUGCUCCUGAGGUUUUCAGGCGUUCAAGAUUGUUGUAAAAAUAAAAAUAUUUUAAGGUCGAAAAAAAGAAUUGAAACGAUUGCUGCGUGCCGAUUUAGAAGCGGACAGCGUGCGUUGGGAAAUUGUUGAAGAUAAGAAAAAAAGGUUUUUCAAAAAUACAUUUUUUUCAAAAAUAUACAUUGUGAUUUUUGUGUACUACCAUUUCCGAAAUCUAUCAAAGUGGUUUAAAUUUUAAUUUGAAACGUUUCUCUUGUGAAAUUUGUAUUUUUGAACCCUGCACAUGAGAAAUUUGCUUCUUUUUGCAAGGGAAUGAGGUUUUGUUUGUAUUUUUAUGAUUUUGAAGGGUUCAAAAUUCAAAAUUUAACAUUUUACCUACAAGUUUUUAUCAAUUCAGCUAUAUUAUAGCGUAAAUUAAUUUUGUAAUCUUAUAUUUUCGUUAUCUAAAAGCUUAAAAUUGUGUUUUUGACCGUGAAAGUAGUUCAACUCCAGGUUAAUUAGCUUCAAAAUCGACUUCAAUCAGAAAUUUGAGGGCAGAAAAAAAAAGAAGUUUUUUCGGUUAUUUUAAAGGUUUCUGGUUAACUUCUUUCACAUAUGCGCUUUUUUCUUACUUCGAAAAUUAAAAUAAUUGUUUUUGAAAGACUAAAACUAGGGUUCUUGAUCAAGAUUUUCAAUUUUCUAAGCUUUGAAUUUGCAAAAAUCCACAUUUCCUAAGCGAAAAACUUUUUCUCGUUAGUUUUAUUGACAGUAGGACGAUUUAUCAUAAUAACUUGUUUCUGAAAAUCAAAUCCUAGCCUUUUUCUUACCGAACUUCUUCAGGAACCUUCCCAACAAGCGUCCGACACGGCCCUCUUCGGAGAUCAACUUUCCAGCAGCGAUUCCGACGAGGAAGUUUCCAUGAUGAACGACGACAAGGACGAUUGA